CUUAGAACCUCCAUCACCCACCAGUCUACUACACAACUAAUUCACCAUGGAAGAAGAAGUAGCUGCCCUCGUUAUCGACAAUGGAUCCGGAAUGUGCAAGGCUGGCUUUGCUGGUGACGAUGCUCCCCGCGCCGUCUUCCCCUCCAUAGUUGGUCGCCCGCGUCACCAGGGUGUCAUGGUCGGCAUGGGUCAGAAGGACUCUUAUGUUGGUGAUGAGGCUCAGUCCAAACGUGGUAUCUUGACCCUCAAGUACCCCAUUGAGCACGGUAUUGUUACGAACUGGGAUGACAUGGAGAAGAUCUGGCAUCACACAUUCUAUAAUGAGCUUCGUGUGGCCCCGGAGGAGCACCCCGUCUUACUCACUGAGGCUCCCCUCAACCCUAAAGCUAACCGUGAAAAGAUGACCCAAAUCAUGUUCGAGACAUUUAAUGCACCUGCAUUCUAUGUCGCCAUUCAAGCCGUCUUGUCGUUGUACGCAUCUGGUCGUACCACCGGUAUCGUCAUGGACUCCGGUGACGGUGUCACCCACACGGUUCCUAUCUACGAAGGUUUUGCUCUGCCUCAUGCUAUCCUUCGUCUCGACCUUGCUGGUCGUGAUCUUACCGACUAUCUGAUCAAAAACUUGAUUGAGCGCGGUUACUCAUUCACGACGACUGCAGAGCGUGAAAUCGUCCGUGACAUCAAGGAGAAGUUGUGUUACGUCGCUCUCGAUUUCGAGCAGGAGAUGCAGACUGCCGCCCAGUCAUCAGCUCUUGAGAAGAGCUACGAGCUGCCCGAUGGUCAGGUCAUCACCAUCGGAAACGAGCGGUUCCGUGCACCUGAAGCUCUCUUCCAGCCUGCAUUCCUUGGUCUCGAAGCUGCCGGUAUCCAUGAGACUACGUACAACUCCAUCUUCAAGUGCGAUCUUGAUAUUCGUCGCGACUUGUAUGGUAAUGUUGUGUUGUCGGGUGGUACUACCAUGUUCCCUGGUAUUGCCGACCGUAUGCAGAAGGAGUUGACAUCACUCUCGCCUUCGAGCAUGAAGGUCAAGAUCGUCGCUCCACCUGAACGGAAAUACUCUGUCUGGAUCGGUGGCUCCAUCCUGGCUUCGUUGUCCACUUUCCAGAACUUGUGGUGUUCAAAGCAGGAGUAUGACGAGUCAGGUCCUGGUAUCGUUCAUCGCAAGUGCUUCUAAAUGUAAUGAAAGAAGUAACCGCGUGUACGAUGUACUAGAAUCACAUUGCUAUUCAUUUCUAGUAACACAGAUGUCAAUCGCCGGAGGAGUUCUAUUGGAAGAUACGAUACGUAUUUGGAGAAAAUUGUUUAUCCGUUCUGCAGACAAUAGUGAAUUUCGUAAUAAAAGUGGAAGUUGAAUAUGAAUCAUGAUUUGAAUGACGUAGUA